CAGCUUCUUUUGCCAAAUAGCUCUAGUCAAUCAGCUAGUUACACAGCUAUCAGCUUUCAGCUAUAAUUUCACAGCUUUUAGCUAGCUUGACAGCUUUCAGCUAUAAUCUCGCAGCUUUCAGCUAGUUUUGCCGAACAGAGCCUUAUUCGAUCGUUAAAGUUGCUGCUACGCUCUCUCGAUCUCGAUCUAUCGAUCUCUCCCCCCCUCCCUCCCUCGAUGCCCAAUGCCGCUCUCAGUACUCUCUCCCAACUCAUCCGGCUUUAAAAGGUGCAGCACCUCCUCCACAUUACCCUGCUUGGCUCUUCUCCUCCUCUUCCCUUCUCUCCUCUUCUUCUCUCAGAGAUCCCUCCCCCCUCGCGUCAUUCUUCCGCCGGCAAGAUCAGCCCCAGUCCGGAGAGAUCGGCGGCGGCGCUCCACAGAAACGACCACCUCAGCCCCGGGAUCUCCUCGACGUCGAUCAGGCGGUCGAAGAGCCAGGCGAUGGAUCUGCGAGGGAGAUCGACGGCGGGCCUCGUCGGCCCCAUCCGAAUCCCUCCCCCCCUCCCCAUCCUCCGCCGUCGUUAUCGGCCAGCGAGGAGGAGCUUCCGGCGGAGUCGGCAACCCCGUCAGCCCGGCGGCACCCGAGGAGGAGGAGGAGGAGGGAGUUCUGGGGUGAGGGGAAGGGGGAAGGGCGGGUGUAAUUUGUACGAAGGGAGGUGGGUGAAGGAUGAAGAGGGGAGGUAUCCUCUGUAUGAGCCCGGAUCUUGUCCUUACGUGGAUGAUGCCUUCACAUGCCAAGAGAAUGGGAGGGAAGAUAGGGAUUAUAUGAAAUGGAGGUGGAAACCCAACGGCUGCGAGCUCCCGAGGUUUAAUGCAACAGACUUUUUGGAGAGAUUAAGAGGCAAAAGGUUGGUGCUUGUUGGAGACUCAAUGAACCGCAACCAGUUUGAAUCAAUGUUAUGCCUUUUACGUGAAGCCGUACCUGAUAAAAGCAAAAUGUAUGAGACCCGAGGAUACAAAAUAUCAAAAGGUCGAAGCUAUUUCAAUUUCUUGAUUGAGGAUUAUAACUGUACUGUGGAGUUCCUUCUCUCUCAUUUUCUGGCCCGACAAGGAACAAAUGUGAAUGGACAAGGCAGUAGAAAUGCUAUACUUGAGAUCGAUCGUGUUGAUAAGUCAGCUAGUAGAUGGAAAAAGGCUAACAUCUUGGUCUUCAACACAGGGCAUUGGUGGAACCAUGGAAAGACAGCAAGAGGGAAGAACUAUUAUAAAGAAGGUGGCAUGAUUUAUCCACAGUUUGAUGCGCUUGAAGCUUUUAAGAGAGCCAUGAAAACUUGGGGUAAAUGGAUUGAUGAAAAUAUGAAAGAUAGAGAGAAUCUGGUAUUCUACCGUGGGUAUUCAACGGCUCAUUUCAGAGGAGGAGGUUGGGACUCUGGUGGCUCAUGCAAUGGAGAAACCGAACCUGCUUUUAGUGGAGCUAUAAUAGAAGACUACCCUACGAAGAUGAAGAUCGUGGAAGAGGUUAUUAAUGAAAUGAAAUCCCCAGUAAUUCUACUGAAUGUAACUAAAUUGACAAACUUUCGCAAGGAUGGACACCCAUCAAUCUAUGGUAAGGGAAAAACACGGGGUCAAAAGGUGAGAAGUAAGCAGGAUUGCAGUCAUUGGUGCCUUCCUGGGGUACCAGAUGCAUGGAAUGAGUUGAUAUAUGCUACCCUUGUUUACGAGCAAUAUGGAGUAGGAUAAUAAUUCUAUCAUGUGAUUUUUACCCCCCCAUUUGAGCUCUUAUUCAGCAGAUGUUUUAGACACACGCAUAGAUCUUAUGCUGAUAACUCUUGGUUUGUUAAGGAGAUCAUACUAUCACGAGGAGGCUUGUUGCGUACCGAAGUUGGCUUGACGGUGGAAAAAGAUGGAAGUUGAUUAUUAUAACCGCGGGGUUCGAUUAGCAAAUCAGAGGUACUCUGUUGCGGUGCUUUUCCUGAUGCUAUGCAAGAAAAGGUGGGUGUGUAUUAAGCUUGCAACAUUGCAGUGUUCGUACUGUGAUUUACCAGCCACAUUCUUUUAUUGAUGUGCUCGUGCCGGUUUUUGUCUCCAACUUGCAGAUUCUUUUAGUCCUUGUACGUUUUGUUGACGGUUAGGAAAGCACCCGGAUUUUGAUGCAAUUAUUUGCUAUUAUCAAUUUAUCAUUUAUUAUUAUUAUUA